AUGUCAGGCCAAGGUUCAGUCAUCGGAAAACUUGAAAAAUCAUGGGAUGAGCUGCUCGACCAUGAUAAUGAACCCUUCGACCUGUCCUUACCACCUUUUGAGGAUUUCUGCCCUUCUCUUACACUGAAGGUCACUCUCGUACAUCCUUGUGGACACGACGACAGUGUGCUACUUAAUCCAAUCAUUGAAUCCGAGAUUGCUCGGUGCACAGAUGCAGGCCACACACGACUUUCCAAGUACAUGAAGAGCACGAGUGGUGUCUCCCACCUGAAUGAUGCUGUGAACUAUUUUCAGUGGGUCCUGGCCCAGUGUCCGGUCGGUCAUCCUGACCGCGCUGCCGCUGUCACCGACCUCGCAUGGGCACGCCUUCAAGGUUAUAUUAGCAAGGAUCUCCAAUACAUCGACUCUAUAAUCUCUCUAUUCCGUAACGCCCUUGCAUUGCCAUUGAACUGGUGCUACAUCAAUGAAGGUAUUGUUAUCGAUAUCCACGAAUCUGCACAACUAUGCUGCGAGCUACUGCCCCUCUGUCCAGGAGGCACCUCCCUUCGUAGCGUUGGUGUAGACACUGCUAUCAAUUGUGUGGUCCGCAAAUGCAACAAACUUCCAGUGGACUCAUAUGAUGAAGGCAUCCACAUUGGGCGAAUCGUGCUCAAACUCUGUCCUCUGGGCUACAAACACCGUCGCAGUGCCCUCGACAACCUUUCGUGGGGACUCUGUGUACGCUUCCAACGCAGCGGCAGCAUUGUUGAUAUAGACGAGAGCAUAUGUCUUCGUCGUGAAACCGUUUCUCUGUGCUCUGAGGGACAUCCUUCUCGUGGAGACUACUUGAAUGAUUUGGCCUAUUCACUUGCAUGCCGCUUUUCACAGCAACACAAUUUUCAUGACCUUAACGAGGCCAUCUCUCUGUAUGAAGAUGCGCUGCGCCUGCCAUGCCAUGCAGGUUACGAAUAUCAUGGUGUAGCAUUGGAUAAUCUAGGGACCACCCUCCUCGACCGUUUUCAAGCAUACCAUGACAUACAUGAUAUCAACAAAGCCAUCAGCCUCCAUUGCGAAGCACUGACAUUUAACAGAUAUGGCGAUUUGCAAGCCGAGGAGGAUCUUAACGAGGCCAUCCAUCUCUACCGCGAAUCACUCAAGUUGAAACAGUCUGUCAAUUCACGACGACAUUUAACUCUCGCUAGUUUUGGCUCGGCUCUUUGCUUUCGCUUCAUACGAACUCAGAAUAAUGAACAUAUCGAGGAGCUUGUUGAUCUCUGCACAGAAACCCUGGAGGAUUUACCUGCACUGCACCAAAAACAGAUGGUUCUGCUACGAUUGGCUAUGGGACGCCUAUUUGUGUCGUUACCGGUGGAAAACUUCAGACUUGCAUCAACACACACUCAAGGCUUUCCAUACUACCGCAUGCGAACAGCCUUGGACCGGGUUAACCAAGCUGAGAAAUAUCAACACGAAUCUGCCCUGGAAGCGUACCACACAUGCUUAAAUAUUUUUGACCACUAUGCGAUAGCACAACCCUCGAUUAUCGCACGGCGCAAUGCUAUAACCGCUUUUCAUGGUUCACAAUCACUGCCAGUAAAUGCCGCAUCAUGCGCCAUUCGUUGUCAUGAUCUGCAACGAGCGAUUGAACUCGAGGAGUGGGGUCGCGGCCACCUUCCACUAGCUCAGAAACUCUUGGCGCUCAGCGAGUGCCUGUCUGAUGCUCAGGGUUCUGUUGUCAAUACAGACUUGGCUACUACUGCAACAGAGUACAAGAUACUUAUGACGCAAUGGGAAGCUGCAUUGGCCGAAACUCGAAAUCUUGACGAUUUCUCGCGUUUCUUGCUCCCACCGUCGUACGAAGACUUGCAGGCGGCAGCACGUCAUGGGCCAGUCAUCAUCCUCAUUACGAGUAUAUACUCGUGUGACGCUAUUAUUGUCCCAACGUCAGGGAAGCCCUGCCACGUUCCCUUCCCCUUCGCUCUCGUAGAUCUCGAGAUGCUCAAGAACGACUUUGCCAGAGAGAUGCGGCAGACAGCUCUUAUGGGCCCAACGGAGCCGAGGACAGAGUUGCGAGUACUCUUGCGGAGGGCCGAUCCCUCUGAGCGGGAACCAUGUCUCGAGGAUAUCUAUAUCUGCUCCUACACCCCAACACUUUCAGCUCUAAUCAGAGCUCAACAGACGAUGAAGGCGGAUCCCAAGGCAUCCUUCGUGGCGAUCGGACAAGGGGUACCGGGGGCAGGACAAUGCAAGCCGCUCAAUGUUGUCGACAGCGAGCUCGAGCUCGAAGCCACACAGGGGGGUGCGCUCGAAGCUUUGCGACACAAUACGUGGGUGCACCUCGCUUGUCAUGGCAAGCAGGACCACAACCAGCCUUAUUAUUCGCAUUUCGCGAUGAGAGAUAAACCGCUCACAUUGCUUGAUAUCAUGGAGAACGAUGCUCCACAAGCUGAAUUUGCAUUCUUAUCGGCGUGUCAUACCGCCGUUGGGGAUGAGCAGACGCCUGACGAAGUGGUCCACCUCGCAGCUGACGCUGUCGCAAAACAUGUCGUUGAAGCGUUCUAUGAGAAUAUGUUCAAGGAUUUGAAGGAUGGUGUCAUGGACUGUGCGAAGGCGGCCUCCGCACUCAAUGCGGCUAUGUAUGCGGUGAAGAAGAAGGUGCCGCUCGAGUAG